UCUGUGCCCAUGGAGAAUAAGUACAAAUGUCAGCAGUGUCUCCAGGUCCUGAGGAAACCUGUCCAGGCUCAGUGUGGCCACCGCUUCUGUGUGCACUGCUUCAAGCUGCUCACCAGGUAGACCGAAGGUCCUUAGACCACCCACCGGUUUAUGACGUGUGACCUCCUCCUCCCCCAACACUCUGCCGGCUUAAUGCUUCCCCUUAUUAGUGGAUAUGCCUCAGCACCAUCCCGCGUUCUUGUCUCUGCUCCAGCCUGGAUUUGCUUUUUUGCACCCAGCGUUGUUUUCUUAAUGCUGACUCAUUUCUCAUAUGGUUGGACUAAAUCUGAUGAAUCACGAGGAUCUGGUCAUGCUGACACAUUUCGGCUUUGCUGACUCCUUCCAAGCGCUGGUCCAAAGCCUUGUGAAGCCUGCCGCCAAGAGGAGAUCUAUGAGGAGCCCAUGUCCAUCCUGAACAGUAAUGAGGCGUUUCCAGACAACGCAGCCGGGCGAGAAAUAGCGAGUCUGCCUGCCAGGUGUUUGAACCAGGGCUGCAGCUGGACUGGAUCUAUAAAAGAGUACGAGGCUCAACAUGAAGGCCGCUGUGAAUACGAACGGGUGCAGUGCGAGGCCUGCCAGGCCUCCAUCCUCCUCAAGGACAAGGACAGACACAACGAGAGAGAAUGCGAGGCGAGAACGCUCAACUGCAAAUACUGCAAAGUUACAUUCAACUUUAAGGACAUUAAGGCCCACGAUGAGAUCUGUCUCAAGUUUCCCUUACAAUGUAAAGAUUGCGGCAAGAAGAAGAUCCCCAGAGAAAAGUUCAGUGACCACAUGAAAUCCUGUGUCAAGUCGAAGAGCGCCUGUCCAUUCAGCGAAGUGGGCUGUAAAACUGUGAUAGAGAACGGGAAGCUGAGCGACCAUGAGCACAGCAGCACCAUGGAGCAUCUGCGUCUGCUGCUGCCGAUGGUGCUGACGAUGACCCAUCCGCGAAGUGAAGCCCUCGGAUCCGGGGAGCUGCAGGAGGACUCGGGUCUGGGUCUGUACAGAGCUCCUGAGGAGGGAGACGGAGCUGCAGCCGCCGCACAGCCUGUAGACCUGGAAAAAAAAGUAAUUGCUUUAGAAAACAUUGUGUGUGUCCUGAACCGGGAAGUGGAGCGCAGUUCGCUCACCCUGGAGGCUUUCGCCCACCAGCAUCGACUAGACCAGGAGAAAAUUGAAAACCUGUCGAACAGAGUGCGGCAGCUCGAGCGAACGGUGACCAUGAGAGACUUGCAGCUGUCGGAGACCGAGCAGCUGGUGCGCGAGCUUCAGAACUGCACCUACGACGGGAUAUUCGUCUGGAAAAUCAACGACUUCUCCAGGCGCAGGCAGGACGCCGUGGCCGGCCGAACGCCUGCCAUGUUCUCACCCGCAUUUUACUCCAGCAAAUACGGCUACAAAAUGUGUCUCAGGCUUUAUCUGAACGGCGACGGGACCGGACGGGGGACGCACCUCUCCCUGUUCUUUGUGGUCAUGAAAGGAAAGUGCGACGCUCUGCUAAAGUGGCCCUUCAGUCAAAAGGUGACUCUGAUGCUCCUGGAUCAGAACAACAGGGAGCACAUCAUCGACGCUUUCCGACCCGACAUCUCCUCCACCUCCUUCCAGCGGCCGAUCAGCGAGAUGAACAUCGCCAGCGGCUGCCCGCUCUUCUGUCCGCUGGCUAAGCUGGCCGGCAAGAGCCCAUAUCUGAGAGAUGAUACGAUAUUUAUCAAAGCAAUCGUAGACCUCACAGGCUUGUGAUGUGCACUGUGGAAGAUGCACUGAAAUUCAUGGAAAUAUUCCUCAGAAAAUAAUAUUUGCCUAUAUAAUUAGCCUAAUAUUGCUCCAUAUCUAUAUAUAUAUAUAUAUAUAUACAUGCUAAUAAUAUAUGAAUAAUAAUGGUUGAUAAACAAUAAUAAUAAACUAUAGAUACAAAUAAAAAAAUAUAUUGUAUUAUUAUAAUAAAAGUCAGACAACAUGUAACUGACUGUAGCAUAUCAUAAAAUAUCUUUUAUAUGUUUUAUUAUAAAAUUAUAGUGAUAAUAGUGCUUUUAUUGAAAAUUAUUGCAUAGCUUUCAAACCAUUUAUGAGAAAAGUUGAACUUUUCCCUAGAAUAAAAAUGGCAAGAUAAAUGAAAAUUGUACAAAUGAUAAAACUUAACAUUACA